CGGCGGGGCCGGGGGGAGCGGGACGAGUCGGCUGCGGCAUCGGCUGCCCAAGCGGGGAGCGGCCGCCGAGCAGCCGCUUUGGGAAGUACCCGCGUCCCUGCGGGCCAGGCCCGGGCCCUGCUGGGCCGCCGCUCCCUCGCCGCCGCAGUGGCGCCUGCGGGGUGCGCAGGGCCCGGGGCAGCUCCGGCGCGUCUGCGGCCCCACAGCGCUGAGACCGUGUCCGCCCCACGAGGAAGAGACAAAAUGGCAUCGGGGGCAGUGGUGAGCAGCACUCCUGCGGGAGGGUCAACUGACGUGAACCUGGAGGAACCAAAGAAGAUGACAAGGGAAGACUGGAGGAAGAAGAAGGAGUUAGAAGAACAAAGAAAACUAGGAAAUGCACCUGCUGAAGUGGAUGAAGAAGGAAAAGAUAUCAAUCCUCAUAUUCCUCAGUACAUCUCCUCAGUACCAUGGUACAUAGAUCCUUCUAAAAGACCUACACUAAAGCAUCAGAGACCUCAGCCAGAGAAGCAGAAACAGUAUAGCUCUUCUGGAGACUGGUACAAACGAGGAGUUCAAGAGCAUGCUGUAGCAACCAGGUAUCGUAAAGGAGCUUGCGAGAACUGUGGUGCAUUGACACACAAAAAGAAAGACUGCAUGGAGAGACCCAGGAAAGUUGGAGCAAAAUACACAGGCAUGAAUAUUGCGCCAGAUGAAUAUGUGCAGCCUCAACUGAUGUUUGAUUAUGAUGGAAAGAGAGAUCGUUGGAAUGGUUAUAACCCAGAAGAGCACAUGAAGAUUGUAGAGGAAUAUUCCAAGGUUGAUUUGGCCAAACGUACACUGAAAGCCCAGAAGCUUCAGGAAGAGUUAGCAUCAGGAAAGCUGGAGCAAGUGAACUCCCCAAGACACCAGUGGGGAGAAGAGGAACCAAAUUCCCAGACAGAAAGAGAUCAUAACAGUGAAGAUGAAGAUGAAGACAAAUAUGCAGAUGACAUUGAUAUGCCUGGGCAGAACUUUGACUCUAAAAGGCGUAUCACAGUUCGAAAUUUACGUAUUCGGGAAGAUAUUGCAAAAUACUUGAGGAAUCUAGAUCCAAACUCUGCUUAUUAUGAUCCCAAAACGAGAGCAAUGAGGGAGAACCCAUAUGCCAAUACAGGCAAGAAUCCAGAUGAAGUUGGUUACGCAGGUGACAACUUUGUUCGCUACACUGGAGAUACCAUUUCAAUGGCACAGACUCAGUUGUUUGCUUGGGAGGCUUAUGACAAAGGCUCUGAAGUUCAUCUUCAAGCAGACCCUACAAAAUUAGAGCUACUUUAUAAAUCCUUCAAAGUGAAAAAAGAAGAUUUCAAGGCACAGCAGAAAGAAAGCAUCCUAGAGAAGUAUGGGGGACAAGAACAUCUAGAUGCUCCACCAGCUGAACUGCUGUUAGCUCAAACAGAAGAUUACGUGGAGUACUCGAGGCAUGGAACAGUCAUCAAAGGACAAGAGAAAGCUAUUGCUUGCUCUAAAUAUGAAGAGGAUAUAAAGAUCAACAACCAUACAUGCAUUUGGGGUUCAUACUGGAAAGAAGGCAAGUGGGGUUACAAAUGCUGCCACUCGUUUGUCAAGUACUCAUACUGUACAGGAGAAGCUGGGAAAGAAAUUGCUAAUAGUGAAGCAAGCUUACUGGAAGAGCAACCCAAGGAGGAAGAGCACAUGACAAAACCCAAAACACUGAUGGAGAUCCACCAAGAGAAACAGAAGGAGAAGAAAAAGAAGAAGCACAAGAAGAGCUCAAAUUCAGAUAGUGAGGGUGAAGAGAAAAAGAAGCAAGAAAAACUUAAAAAGGCACUAAAUGCAGAAGAGGCUCGUCUUCUGCAGGUUAAAGAAAUCAUGCAGUUAGAUGAGAGGAAGAGACCAUACAACAGCCAGUAUGAAACCAGGGAGCCCACAGAAGAGGAAAUGGAAGCCUACAGAAUGAAACGUCAGAGACCUGAUGAUCCCAUGGCCUCUUUUCUUGGACAAUAGUCACAGUGAAAAUCAUUCCAAUACGCAAGACUCGUUUUCCUACUUGUUUGUGGACACUUGCUUAUCUUCCAUGUGUCUAAUUAGUGCCAGAAAUAGCAGAGAGCUUUUUUUUGCACCAAAGAAGUUGGUGUGAAAACUUCUUUCAACAGAGAUAAGCAGUAAGCAGUCCAAUUACUACAAUUUUAUAUAUAUGUGUGUGUGUAUACAUAUACAGUCACAUAUAUACACACAUAUAUACAUAAAAUUAUAUGUAUAUAUAAAAUACAUGCACCUACUUUGUAAAUUCUUUAUUGAAAAAAUCUGAUACUAUCUGGAAUUCUAGGUUGGUUUGGCCAAUGACUACGUGCAUAAAGUCAUGACACGUUCAGUAGCACUGACUGCUCUAAAGAAAUGGUCAGCAGGUGUCGAUAGAGAACAAGAAUUGUCGAAAAAAAUGAUGCAGAUACCUAAGCCUCUUAUUUAUACAGGGAGUUUGCCUGUUAUACAACUUUAAAAGGAGUAAUAGUUUAUUUCUUGGUCACUCUGUAGUAUUUUGGAAAUGUGAAAAUUUUUUGCUUUGUACGGCCUUGGUUAAAUUAAUAUAAAUGUCUUAAAUGCUGUCCAGACUUUUUUAUUAAGAGGUUAGGAGAAGCUGACUGUAGACCCUUUACAUUCUAAUUGUGUUUCUGCAGAUAUUAACACAUGAAUUUCAGUUGCAAAGAUCUGAGUUCUUGGGUUUUCUGUUUGGUAACAGUGUUCAUCUCAUCCAUGGUGUAAUACCAAGUGUCAGGCGCUAAUACCUUGUGAUAAUGUGAAGCAGCAUCUGCUUUGUGUUGGGCAAUAUUAGUCCUUAAACUGGGAGCUUUCCCCUUUAACUAUUAAAAGUUGAAGAAAGGGGUAAAACUUGACAGCACAACUUUGCAGUUGGAAGGUUUGAGAAUUAUUUCUGUUAUAGCUUGAACUGUCUUACUGGACGUGGCUUUUAUAACCACAUUUAACGUGGUUAUAUUAAUAGUAGGACUAGGAAGACUGUAAUCCUGGCUUUUCUUCUUAAAAUAUUAAGAACCUGAUUACAAUUUCCACUUUGUAAACAAUGGAGGAAGUUAAAGUUACUGGAAAAAAAUGAAAUGGUGUGUUAGGCCUGCGACAUGUUGUAAUUUCCACCUGUAAAGCCCGUUUCCUUUUUUAUUAGGUUUUCUCCAAGUCUGCUUCCCCUUUAUUUUUGUUACAGAAGUACUCGUUCUGAAUGCAGACUUUAUUUUAUAAGACUUAUAAAUCUAACCGUGGACUUUUGUUUUAUAAAACUUGAUUUUAAAAUCCGCCUAGCACUUGCAAAAAGAAUGGAACCGACUGGUGAGAUCAGAGAUCUGGGGGUGAAAUUGUUAAUAUAACCAAGUACCAGGAAUAAUAAACUUUGAAGAAUAGAAA